AUGGCUGCCAUCCCCGCUGCCGGAUCCGGCCCUCCUCGAGGAGCGGCAGAGCUCAGGCACAGCCUGUCUCCCUCCGCCAUGUCCGAGCUAGAGGACGAUGACGAAACGUGUUGGAAUAAUCUGGAGAACUUCCGGGUCAAGCUGAUUUCGGUGGUCGACCCUUCCAGGAUUACGCCUUACCUCCGGCAGUGCAAAGUCAUAAACCACGACGACGAGGAACAAGUACUCAACGACCCCAGCCUGGUGAUCAGGAAAAGAAAAACGGGGGUCCUCCUGGAUAUUCUCCAAAGGACAGGCCAGAAAGGUUUUGUGGCAUUCCUCGAGAGCCUGGAGUUGUACUACCCUCAGCUUUACAAGAAAAUAACAGGUGAAGACCCCACCAGGGUCUUCUCCAUGAUUAUAGAUACGGCCGGAGAGUCCAGCCUGACAGAACUGCUGAUGAGCGAGAUCUCGAAGCUCCAGGGCGCCAUCUGGGAAGAGAGGCGGAAGGUCCAGGAGCUAAACCUGGUGCUCGGCACCAAGGAGGACCUCAUCAAGGAGAUGCGGGUGAGGGACAGCGUCCUGCGCAAACACCAGGAGCGGGCGCAGAAGAUGAAGGAGGAGAGGGACAACCUCAGCAAGGAGCUGAAGCUCUGCAGAGACGAGAACUACGAGCUGGCCAUGAGCUACGCCAAGCAGAGCGAGGAGAAGAACGUGGCCCUGAUGAAGAAUCGGGACCUGCAGCUGGAGAUCGACUCCCUGAGGCACAGUUUGAUGAAAGCCGAGGACAGCUGCAAGCUGGAGCGGAAGCACACGCUGAAGCUGAAGCACGCCAUCGCGCAGCGGCCCAGCCACGAGGCGGUGUGGGAGAUCCAGAGGGAGAAGGAGCUGCUCUUGGCCAGGAACAAGGAGCUGGAGAGCACGCUGCAGGUCACCAAGAAAGGCAGCUCUGGCAAGGACAGCGUCUCCACCCAGGCUCUGGAGGCGGAGCGGAGGCGCAUGCUGGGCGAGCAGCAGGAGCUGGUCAACGCCAUCUACGACGUGCGCCAGGCGCUCCGGCGGACGGAGGACACGAGGGACAAACUUGUAGAAGAGAAGGAGACGUUGGAGCUGAGCUGUAUAUCUCUGCAGAACGAUAACCAAAUUUACCAGGAUCGCAUCGAGGCCAUCUUGAAACAGAUGGACGAGGUGGCCGCCGAAAGGGAUCAGGCCCUCCUGACCCAAGAGGGCUUCCACAAGCAGUACUCCAAGAGCCUGCGGGACAAGGACCUCUACCGGAAGCAGAUCCGGGAGCUGGGCGAGCGCUGCGACGAGCUGCAGCUGCAGCUGUUCCAGAAGGAGGAGCAGCUGCUCCGCGCCGAAGCCAAGCUGAACCGCCUGCGGCGCCUCGAUCCCUCCGCCUUGACGUCAGACCUUGAAGAAACCUCAUCCAGAAGCUCCCAAGAACUGACUCCCCAUGGAAAUGUAGACGAAGAUGGGAAAGGCGCUGAAAAAAAAGAAUGCUCCGACAUUCAAGACCAGCAGUUCAAUUCUCUGGGAAAUAUCUCGCUUCCUCAAUCACCACAGGAUGGUGACCACCUCAACGGGGAUAUGGCGGAGAAAGGGCGCCGCCGGAUGAAGGACAGCUUUGAGCACUACCAGAGAAAGAGGGCCCUGAGAAGAGCCCAGAAGGGCAAAUACCACGCCGUGGACUGGGAAAACACGUCGGGGAGCGACAACACGGACACCGAGGGCUCCUGACAGCGUCGGCCUCCGGUCAACCAGGCGUCGUCCUUCUCAUUCCCAAGGAACGUGGAGGAUACCCAGUUGACCGUUCUCUUUGGACUGAGUAGCAUUUAAAAGGCAUCUCGCCCGAUGAAGAGAUCUGGAGAUCUCAAAACCUUGCACAGUUUUUGUGGUUGUUAAUCAUAAUCAUAAUCGGGUUACAAACAGGUUUAAUCUCUAGUCCUGUCGAACCGUAGUGGAGAAAGCAGUAAAAAGGAAGGAAGGGAAGGAAGGCAAGUCAAGGAUAAGCAUGACUGGGCACGCUUAUCCCAAGAGGGGCCCACUGACAAGAAGUCCAUGGAGUUGUGCCUCCUCCUGCCCUUUGCAACUGGCUUGUUCACCUGCCUCUUGCUUUGGUUCAGGCAACGGAGGUGGUGAGGAGGAGGAGCAGGAGACGCCGCAGCCUCCUGGCUCCCUGCCUGCCAAUGCAGUGUAGAGGAAGAGACGCUGGUGACCAUGGCGGGGAGAAAGUGCCUUGCCCAAGGGCACCCAGAAACCUGGAGACGGCAGCCCUGAUUAUAUACAGCCCCUCUUUCUCUCGGACUCUGUUUGGACUUGACAGCAGGGAGCGAAAGAGCAAGGCACACUCAUUGCAUUAGCAAAGGCGGAGAUUAGUGUUGCACCCGCACUUGGGUAAAGGUGGGCAAAAUCUGCAUUUGGUUCUCUCAAGGUGAGCAGGGUCAUGAACUGGGAAUCCUUGAACACAUCACACACAGAGUGUUGGGCAGAGGAAGGUCAGGUCCACAUUAGGGGGUUGCAAACAUGUCCAGAUGUGUUGGACUACGUUUCCCAGCAUUCCUAGCUGGGGGGUGCUGGGAGGUGUAGUCCAACACAUCUAGAGGACGUCAGGUUGGGGAAUGCUGAUGCCGAAGCUGGCACUAAAAGGGCUCUGCGUGAAGUUCAGCAUAAUUAACCACGUGGAAAUGUGAUUUAGUUGGUAAUCCUGUGCGU